GUCGUGAAGCAGCGGAUGCAGGUCGCCCGGUCGGGGGAGGUGGCCUCGAUGGUCAUAGACGCCAUCUGCAGGGAGGGCCCCAGCGGCUUCUUCGCCGGCCUGGGCGCCACUCUCGUGCGAGACGUGCCCUUCGCUCUGAUACAGAUGCCGCUGUUCGAGGAGCUGAAGCAGAGGCACCCGUGGGGCCGCACGGCGCGCGCUUCAGGCGACACCAAGCUGCAGGGCCUCGUGGGCAUGACCUCCGGCGGCGUCGCCGGCGCAGUCGCGGGCUUCCUGACCACGCCGCUGGAGCGACAGGCUGCCUGGAGUGGGGGCGGCGUGGGCCCUGUGCAUGUGCCUGCCGACGACGCCUCGUGGCACGUGGGCAGCGGGGCCGAGGGGCCUGGCUCGAGCGCGUCGCAAGGCGAGGACUCCAGCGGCACGGCAGCUGCUACCAGCGGCGCGGUGGCAGGCGGCCCUGAGGCGGAGGCUGACAUCAAUGACCUCCCGCAGUGGGCAGAGGUAGGGCUGCGCACGCCCGAGGCGGCGUUGGGCAUCCCAGUGGCAGCGGCCUGCGUGCUGGCGGCGGCCGCUGCAGCUACGACGCCGCCAGGCCCCAGCGGUGCCUCCGACGGGGCGGGGCCCUCCCCUGCGGCCGCGCGGCGGUCGCGUGGCCCCCAGCGGCGGCAGGCUGGCAGGACGCCGCAGAGCGAGAUCGCCGUGCCCAGCAUCGACCUCGGCCACAGCAUGCGGGAGGCGGGGCAGUACGCCUUCUGCUGCAGAUGCGGGGCCUUCGCCAAGCUGCAGGGGGCCGACCGCGCCAAGGGCCUGAAGCAGAGCUGCGGCGGCCGCAUCCCGCAGGGCGCGCUGGCCACGGCGGGGCAGAAGAAGAAGCGCUUGUACCCGAGCCGCCUGCUCGGCAGGUGCGACCCCUACACGGGGAAACCGCUCGGCUAA